UUGAUUCCCCUUUUACAGAUGAGGAGACGCAGGCCCCAAGAGGUUAAGUGACUUGUCCAAGAUUACCAGUUAGGCAGGCGGCCUGCUGGAACUGGCCUCCUGGUCUCCUGCCUCCUGGUCCUGGGUCCACAAGGCUUGGCAGCGUGCAGGAGCGGACAGGCUGCAGUUCCAGGAUGCUGCGCCGGAAGCCCACCCGCCUAGAGCUGAAGCUGGAUGACAUCGAGGAGUUUGAGAGCAUUCGGAAGGACCUGGAGAUGCGCAAGAAACAGAGGGAGGAGGUGGACGUGGUCGGGGCCAGCGAUGGAGAAGGAGCCAUCGGACUGAGCAGUGACCACAAGAGCAGAGAGCAGAUGAUCAACGACCGGAUCGGCUACAAACCUCAGCCCAAACCGAACAACCGCUCAUCCCAGUUCGGGAACUUUGAGUUUUAGCUCUGAGGCUCGCAACAAGUGUUUCACUUGUGUGUUUGAGGACCGGGAGGGCAGAAUUUGAACACCAGCUAAGGUCUGGAGCAUUUGAUUCUUGUUUCCAGAAGUUCAGCAGGGCAGCUGCCCUUUUCCUUCAAAAUAAAAGUAUUUUGGAAAACUUGA